CAUAGCCAGCUCUCCCAUUAUCUCUCAUUCUCAUAAUCUCAGGAAAAAAUCCAUCAUUUUGUCGUCGCUCUAUCAUUUUCGCCGACUCGCCGUUGCCCACUCCACCAUCGUCGCGUUCCCCUCUCUCUCCCUCAUCUUCCCAUCUCUCUUCCAAGUUCCAAUCCUUACAAAAGCCCUAACACAGGAAACUCGAAAUCCUUUUCCUUCUCCUGUUCAACCGAACCAUAUCCGCCCCGUUUCCACCAUUGCUGCCGACUCGCCACCAGCUGCUACAAUCUCCCUUUCAUCUUCCCAUCUCAUACUCUUUGAAACAGAAAAACCCUAACCCCUUUAUCUCAUCUUUGGAAUCUAAUCUAUGGUUCAACUGUGAACACUGAAGGUCAUUCAAGGGAGGAAGAGGAAACAUCAAGAAAUUUUUGUUUGCUUGGGUUUUUUCUAGCAGAGGAUUUCAGGUCUAUAUCAAACUGACUGGAACAUCUUAGACCCAUCAUAACAAUCUUCCUGAUUCUAAUCUGCUGCACCCUCAAAGGCUACCAAAGAGGCUCCAAGGUCUCUCUCUCUCUCAAGGGUGGAUGAAUUCUGGGUGGCUCUUAGCCUCUUAGGCUUUUACUAGUCAAAGAAGAGGGGUGGAGUGGUCCCACUACCACGUGCACCCUUCCCACUAUGACAGGAGAAGUUUCUCUAGUAACAUGGUUGUUUCGCAGUUACCAUGAAAAGUGCAAGGGCCUUUUAGUGCCCAAGGCACAUGGUGCAAGGUUGUGGGAAGAUAAACGCUUCUCUUUUGUCAGUGUGCUUCAUGAUCCUAUCAAAGAGGAUUUGCAUUAGGAGUAUUCUUUUCAUGGUUUCUUCAUCAAUAUCUUCUCCCUUUGUUUAUGCUAUCUCUGCCAAUUGCUCUCCUCUCCUCUCACCGUUGCAUUUGUUUGGUGGAGAUGGAUUUUUCUGCUCUAUUAGAAACUUAACUGGCCAUCAAAGACAGUGUCAAGAUUCAACUUCAAGAGUAGAGUCUUACCUUGAAAAAGUUGUCAAUAAAGUUCGUGUUGGGAGCAAUGAGAAUGAGUUCUUGCAAUACCUCCUACAAGAUCAAUCUUGUUGUAGUAUCCAGCUAUCAGACCAACUUGUUGACAAAUUACUCAACAUAUUCGAGGAUGACUGGAGGUCUGCUUUGGGUCUUUUUCGAUGGGCAGGAUCACGGCCUACUUAUAAGCACUCUCCUGAAGUAUACAACAAGAUGGUGGAUAUAUUGGGAAAAAUGAAGCAAAUGGAUAGGAUGUGGUUAUUAGUAGAGGAAAUGCAUAAGGAGUGUGUGAUUACACUGACCACAAUGGCCAAAGUCAUGAGAAGGCUAGCAGGUGCAGGGAGAUGGGAAGACGCAAUGAGGGCAUUUGAUCGCUUAGAUUCUUUUGGCUUAGAGAAGAACACAGAAUCCAUGAACCUGCUGCUUGACACCCUUUGUAAAGAGAAUAAUGUUGAGCUUGCUCGUGAAGCCUUUUUGAAGCUUAAGUCACAUAUUACUCCAAAUUCUCAUACUUUUAAUAUUUUCAUCCAUGGUUGGUGCAAAGCCAAUAAAGUUGACGAGGCACAUUGGACAAUCCAAGAAAUGAAAGGACAUGGCUGUCACCCAUGUGUAAUAAGCUAUUCAACGAUAAUCCUAGCCUUUUGUAGGCAAUCCAAUUUUCGCAAGGUUUAUGAGAUCCUCGAUGAGAUGGAAGCUCAAGGUUGCCCUCCAAAUAUUGUUACAUACACCACAAUCAUGUAUUCACUUGCCAAAUCUGAUGAAUUUGAUGAAGCCUUGCAAAUACACAAGAGAAUGAAAUCAGUUGGAUGCAAACCUGAUACACUUUUCUAUAAUGCCUUGAUCUACAUAUUAGGAAGAGCAGGCCAAGUACAGGAUGCUGUUCGGGUAUUUGAGGUAGAUAUGCCCAUGAAUGGAGUGCUACCAAAUUCCUCCACCUACAAUACCAUGAUUUCCAUGUUUUGCCAUCAUUCUGAGGAACAAAAUGCUUUAAAUAUCCUGAAGCAGAUGGAAAUGUCUGCAACUUGUAAGCCUGACCUUCAAACAUAUAGUCCACUGAUCAAAAUGUGCUUUAAAACUGGAAGAACUGAUGGCCUUCUGAGCAAUUUAUUGAAUGACAUAGUCAACAAACACCAUCUAAGUAUUGACCUUUCAAUUUACACACUUAUGAUUCAUGGUCUUUGUAGAGCAAACAAAUGUGAGUGGGCUUACCUCAUUUUUGAGGAGAUGAGAAGUAAAGAAAUAAUUCCUAGAUAUCAAACAUGUUGUUUACUUUUGGAUGAAGUUAAACAGAAGAAUAUGUAUGGUGCUGCUGAUAUGAUUGAAGCUGUAAUGAAGCAGAUAAAGACUUGCAAUUAAAAGUUAAAAACAUUGAAGCCCAAUUUUGUUUUUGCUGUUGCAACUGCAUUGACAAGCUUCAUGCGAUUUUCCUGCAUCAUGACAUUCAGAUUUCUCAUCUCUGUAGCAAAAUAUCCAAUCUUAAAGUUCAGGUGGCAUGCAAUAAUUGUUGAUGUUAAUAUUGAAAUCUGGGUCUCAAUUAGUAACUAUCAACACGUCUUUUGCUUACCCAACAAAGGAGAGAGGAGUAUGAUGUGUUGUUCUAGGAAAGUGAUCAAAUUUUUUGGAGAGGCACAGGGAUUUCAUAAAUGUUAGACGUUGCCUAUUACUAAUGCGGUCUAAGAAUGGAAAAGAUCAUACUAGUUAAAUGGCAGUAACUACCUAAGAUACAUGGUUUGAAUGAAAUUACCGAUUUACCAUUUAGGGAGAGGUAUGACUUUGAUAAUAAUUGGUUAUCUACUGACUCAUUGUGUUUGUAGAACCUUUCAUAUCUAGCUGAAUGCAUUAUGCAUUGUUCUUACACCAACAUGUGCACUAGGCGAAAGCAUUGGUUUA